UUACCAGUCCUUGAACUGAAGCCUCCCCUCAACAUAAUGCUGCCACCUCCAUGCCUUACCAUAGGGAUAGUGUCCGGAUGACGACAAUAGAAUGUUAGCAUUUCAAAGAGAUGGCGCUAUUUCAAUCUCAUCCAACCAGAACGCCUUCUUCCAAGAUCAUUCUUUUUUCUUCUAAAGAUUGUGGUUAAAAACUAAGUGACUUCUGGUAGCACUAUGUCAAUUUAUCCACGUAAAAGGAUCUGAAUAGAAACAAACAUCCCACUUUUCAGCCUCUCAUUUGUAAAAAAGUUUGGUUUUUUUAAAUACUAAAUCUGAUUAAAGCUCAGAUUCUCUUUGUUUUACUGUUGAGAUCCAACUCACACAACAUGGAGCCCAUUAGAGAGAAUAUGCUACUCAUAUGAAGCAUGUUUUAGGUUUUAACCGGCCAUGUUGGCCAUCCAGUGGAAACCCCUUUAGUAGCCUGGCUCAGACAUCAGAGCUUUUGGCUCCGGGCCCCCCCCCCUUCCCCCGCACUGGAACACAUCUAUCAGACCACGGCAGAUACAUAGAUCACUGACUGGCAGUGAAUCUCGUGAAUGCUUGUGAACAUACGUGUUAUAUGCAUAUAAAUUUGAGAGGUGCUACAUGUUCGGCGCGCUCGGCAGUACGUGUCGCAGAGUUGGUGGCUCCAUCGCUCAUGGCAGCCGGCGCAGUUGGACCAGCGAAACGAGAAGCACAGCUGCUUGGAGAGCUGCUUCAGGGUCCCCUCUCCAUCCAACACACACACACACAGACCAUAGCAUAUGUACUGUAUGUCCCCAUAAAUACACACCCUCUUUAUCACUUUCAGCACAGAAGCAUCCUGGUUGCACAUCUCCUGAUUGGUGACUCUAUCCAUGUUUCUGCUCUCUUUAUAUUGAUUUAUCUAAUUAUCAGCACUUCUGGGAUGAGGAUUCUGGCUUGAGGGAGGCGGCGUGGCAGAGUGUGGAAUGGCGUGGGAGAAGCAGAGUGACCCUGGGCUCAGGUGGCAGCUGCGCUGUGACGUCUCUGCCAGGUCAUGGUGGAUGGCAACGGAGUCCUUUCUGUUGAACGAAGAACCUUCCAGAGCUCCUGGGAUGCCUGAGUGCUACGUAGUGUCCGAUUCCUACAGGUAUUACCCCACUCACCUUCUAAACAAUGCCUUAGUGGAUGAAUUUCACCCCUUCAUCGAGGCCCUCCUCCCCCAUGUCCGUGCCUUUUCCUACACCUGGUUUAACCUGCAGGCCCGCAAACGCAAGUACUUCAAGAAGCACGAGAAGAGGAUGAGCAAGGACGAGGAGCGCGCGGUCAAGGACGAGCUGCUGGGCGAGAAGCCGGAGAUCAAGCAGAAGUGGGCCUCGCGCCUGCUGGCCAAGCUCCGCAAGGACAUCAGGCCGGAGUUCCGCGAGGACUUCGUCCUCACUAUCACGGGAAAGAAGCCCCCCUGCUGCGUGCUGUCCAACCCCGACCAGAAGGGGAAGAUCCGCCGCAUCGACUGCCUCCGCCAGGCCGACAAGGUGUGGCGGCUGGACCUGGUGAUGGUCAUCCUGUUCAAGGGCAGCCCCCUGGAGAGCACGGACGGGGAGCGGCUGGUCAAGUCGCCCCAGUGCUCCAACCACGGCCUGUGUGUCCAGCCGCACCACAUCGGGGUGACGGUAAAGGAGCUGGAUCUCUACCUGGCCUACUUCGUCCACACACCAGAACAAUCAGGACAAUCAGACAGUUCAAACCAGCAAGGAGACACAGACGUCAAACCCCCGGCUAAUGGCCACUUGAGUUUCCAAGACUGCUUUGUGACUUCAGGGGUGUGGAACGUGGCGGAGCUGGUCCGCGUGUCGCAGACUCCCGUGGCCACGGCGACAGGCCCAAACUUCUCCCUGGCAGACCUGGACAGCCCGGGCUAUUACAAUAUCAACCAGGUCACCCUGGGACGCCGUUCCAUCACCUCCACCCCCUCCACCAGGACUGAAAUGGAGCUUUAUGCAAGUCUCCCACGGAGCUCCAACAAGCGCAAGUCCAUCGAUGACAGUGAGAUGGAGAGCCCAGUGGAUGAUGUGUUUUACUCGGGCCGCUCCCCCGCGGCCGGCAGCAGCUCUCAGUCCAGCGGUUGGCCUAACGAUGUGGACGCAGUGCAGCACCAUUUGGCCAGUGUGCAGGAGAGGAAGAUUAAGCAUGAGAGCGAUGGAGUGCAGUUUCCUUACCAUGGACUCUCGUCGCCUGGUUCUCAUAAGAAGCUGGGGAAAUUCGAUUUCAGCGCCCUGUCCUCCCAGACGAGGUCCCCCCGCAUGGCGUUCACCCACCACCCACUGCCAAUGCUGGCGGGAGUGAGACCAGGGAGUCCCCGGGCUUCAGCCUCGGCCCUACACUUCCCAUCCCCCUCCAUCAUCCAGCAGUCUAGCCCUUACUUCACCCACCCCACCAUACGCUACCACCACCACCCUGGACAGGACCCCCUGAAGGAGUUUGUGCAGUUCGUCUGUGCUGAUGGCUCAGGGCAGGCCUCCGGACAGCCGAACGGGAGCGGCCAGAGCAAAAUGCCAGGCUCCUUCUUGCUGCCUCCACCUCCCCCAGUGGCCCGCCCAGUGCCCCUCCCCAUGUCCGACUCUAAACCCAACAGCACGCCCCCAGACGGCGGACUCUCCUCGCCCGCAUCACCGUCAUACUCCACGCCAGGCGCCACAGCUCCCAACAGGUUUGUCGGCAUCGGAUCACGGGACAACAACUUUUUGAACAUCCCGCAGCAGACACAGUCUUGGUUCCUCUGACAAGAUAUGUGCACAAACCAGCAAAUAGAAAUCUUUCUUUACUAAUUAACACAAGAAGAAAAACAAGAACAGAUCAACAACCUGCAGGAAGACAGUAAUUGUCUAACCGACCUCUCACCAACCCGCCCUGACAGUACGUCUCAUCCGAUACGAAAUAUAACCCGAGCUACGCAGGAAAAUGACGCUUCUAGAGGAACCCUGCACAUAUUCACGCAGUCAGAGGGAGGACCUGAUUGGAUGACGAGGGGAAAGGGAUGGACUCAUAGGAUGCUAGGAGGAAGAUGGAGGUGAAGGAGGACAGCGGUACGCAGGCCUCCUCACGCUACCGCCGUCCAGCGGCGAUGCGGGAGCAGCUAAAGGCCGCGGCAGCGGUCAGCUUCUCCCUGCUUUGUGAGCAAAUGGCUUAAAAUAAUCAACUGUCCAGCAAUUACAGAUUCAAGCGAGAACCCCCCACCCCCCCUUUGAUGUCAUCAUCGCCGUAUCGAAACCCAGUCGGUUCCUUUCACCCUGCGACCCAUAAGCAGGCGACCAUGCCAAACCAUCUCCAGAUUGAAAGUUGCACUACAAGCUGAAUCAGUCAACACUAACCCUAACGAUGUGCACUAUUUACCUACGAGGCAUGGGAGGAAAAACCACGCCGCCUAUACCGUUACGUUCUACGAAAAGGAGACAAACCACAGCCCACCAGAAGCCUUCACGUGUCCUCGACCCGUCACGGUUCAGCCCAGCCAAUCAGCGGCCUCCCCUCACUCUCACUAAGUUCUCAGUCUGUGUGCCAUGACUGCAGGAUUUUAUUUUCCCACUUUUCAACAUUAUAUUUCUAUAUAUAUAUAUAUAUAUGUAAAAGCUUUCCAUUUUUUUUUUACCCAAUAAGCUCAGUAAAAUCCCUCCUCGCAUGACGCCAUCAGUGUCCAAGAUAGUGAGAAAUUUCACCGCUGUUGAAAGCAGCUAUGAGUUCCCCUAUUCGACCUUUUUAUAAACGUAGAUGAACGCUGACUAAUAUUCCCCCCUCGCCUGUUUGCUUAUUGGAAUCAACUCUUUUUUGGGGGGGUUUGUACUGUUUUCUAAUUGUUUUUGUAUUUGAAUGGCAGCACCUUAAAGUUAAAGAAGAAGAAAUGAUAUGUUGAGGUAAAAAACA